CGCCCAAUUCUUUCCAAGCGCCCAUUCCUCCACAUGCUAAGGAAACAAAAAAUCUUAUCCACAGCGUCAAACAUGCAAAUUUGGGCCAUAUAAUCACCACAAACUAUGAACCAGAACCCGAACUCCCAACAAUGGCAUCAUCUUUAUCAUCAAUGGCGUCCAUAAUGGGCAUGAAACCCAUGAACAAACAAGAAAUCUUGAUCUCCAAAAGAAGAACCAACAAUGGCUUCUCAGUGUUUGCUCAACAGGUACAAGAAGAAACAACUUCACUGCAACCAGAAGAAGAGAAAGAAGCAAAACCAGUGAAGGGUGUGACCCAACCGAGACCAGUUGAACCGCAAGUGAACGUAGAAAGUAAGAAUAUGGGCCGGGCAUAUGGAGGGCAAUGGUUAAGCAGCACCACCCGACAUGUGAGGAUCUUUGCAGCCUAUAUCGACCCGGAAACAUGUGCUUUUGAUCAAACUCAGAUGGAUAAGCUAACGCUAAUUCUCGACCCCACCGAUGAGUUCGUUUGGACUACGGAAACGUGCAACAUGGUUUAUUCUUACUUUCAGGAGCUUGUUGAUCACUAUGAGGGAGCACCGUUGACGGAGUACACACUACGGCUCAUUGGUUCAGACAUAGAACACUACAUAAGAAAACUUCUUUACGAGGGGCAAAUACAGUACAACAUGAACGCAAGGGUCCUUAACUUCAGCAUGGGCAAACCUCGUGUUGGUUUUAGUUACAACGAAUACCAAAUCGAAGAUGUAAAUCAGUAACUCAUACAUCGAUUUAUAAAAUCAUAUUCGUAUUUGUCGUAGAUGAUGGAACAAGUGAGUGUAUUACACUUGAUAUGUCGUUAAGAAAACUUAUUAACCGAUAUUGUAUAAACAGAAGUUAUACAAACAAGCUGUUUUGCCAUCAA